ACCUGCAGCCACGGUCAUGUGACCAUGCAGCCCCCGUGCCUGGUGCACUGGGAGACUGUAGGCUUUCUCUGCCCAGGCCCUCUGGGCUCAUGUCCUCACAUCACCUGCAAGAGAGAGAUAGACUCCAUUUAGAGAGCUGCUCCUGGUGUGCUGCUGGGUCCCAACAGCAACUCAGUGACUGACUAGAAGACAUCAGGGUCUUGCAUUUGGAACCACCCAUGAGGAGGGGACUGCCAUUCCCACCAAGUCACGAGGUUGCAGCCGAUCGUGGGAUGAGAGUCCUGAGCCUGAAGCCGUGCAUAGAGUUUCCAGAAAUUGAAGGCCACUGAUGAGGAACCCAGGACCUGUCACACAGAGCUGAGACCGUGUAACACCCCAUUCGUUACUCUGUGUUGCAGUGAAUGUACACAUCAUCUGCACACUGGUGACCAUGGCAAGAAGCACCACGACCCUGACCCUCAGUGUCCUUCUCUGUCUCGGGCUGUGUUGGGGCCCAUGGCACCAGGUUCAGGCAGCAGUUCCCCCCAAACCCUCCAUCUGGGCUGACCCAGGCCCCAUCAUCAGCAAGGGGAGCCCUGUGACCAUCUGGUGUCAGGGGUCUCUGCAGGCGGAUGGCUACAUUCUGUAUAAAGAGAGGGGCUCUGAGCCCUCAGAUACGAGCAUCCCACAGGCCUCCAGCAACAAGACCGGGUUCCUCAUUCAGUCCAUGAGCUCACAGCACACAGGGCUGUACCAGUGUGCAUACAGCACUGGGGGCAGGCUGUCUGAGAGGAGUGAGCCCCUGCUCCUGGUGCUGACAGGAGAGCACAGCGCACCCUCCCUCUCAGCACUGCCAGGCCCUGUGGUGACCUCAGGAGGGAGAGUGUUUCUUCGGUGCAGCGCACAGUCCACACUGGACACUGUCCACCUGCUGAAAGAGGGAGGAGCUGAACCACCCCAACACAGGAAAUCAGAACAGAGAUUCUAUGAGAGGAGGUGGCAGGCUGUCUUCCCUUUUGGCCCUGUGAAGUCCUCCCAUGGGGGGACCUACAGAUGCUAUGGUUCCAACAGCUCCACCCCCAAUGUGUGGUCACAGCCCAGUGCCCCUCUGCACCUCGAGGUCACAGGUGUGUACAGGGAGCCCUCCCUCUCAGCCCAUCCAGGCCUCCUUCUGCUGCCUGGUGACAGCCUGACCCUCCAGUGUGCCUCAGAGCCUGGCUUUGACAAAUUCGCUCUGACCAAGGAGCAGGGGCCAACACCGCCCCAGCAUCUCCAGGGGCAGCACAGCCCCGACUUCCCCCUGGGCCCUGUGAACCUCACCCAUGGGGGCCGGUACAGGUGCUACAGUGGACACAACCUCUCCUAUGUGUGGUCGGCCCCCAGUGCCCCCCUGGACAUCCUGAUUGCAGGAAAGGACAGCAAACCCUCCCUCUCAGUCCAGCCAGGGCCCUCAGUGCCCUUGGGAGCGAAUGUGACCCUGCAGUGUCGAUCUGAGGUCAGGGCUGACACCUUCCACCUGCACAGGGAGGGGUCCCUGGACCCUCCCCAGCAGCUUCGUCUGCAGGACACAGCUGCCCUCUCUCAGGCCAACUUCACCAUCAGCCCUGUGACCUGGGGCCACAACGAGACUUACAGGUGCUACAGCUCACACAGCUCCUCCCCCUUCCAGCUGUCACAGCCCAGUGACCCCCUGGAGCUGGUGUUCUCAGGGAUGGAAAAGCCGGAGCCACCCCACCCCUGUCUCAUCCUCAUCCCCAUCCCUGGGGCCCAGACAGGUUCCAGGGCCCCAGGGAGGCUGGAGAGGCCACAAGCUGAGCAAAGGGAGGAAAGGCCAGGGGCACCCAUCCCGAUCCCCCUCCUUCUCCAGUGCCCAUGGCCUGACUCAGACACCAGGACAAGCAUGACUCCAACACCCAAGACUACACAGUGGGGAACCUCAUCCGCUUGGGUGUGUCUGGCUUCAUCCUCGUGGUCCUCGGGGUGCUGCUGUGUGAAGCUUGGCACAGUUGGAGAAGACCCCACGAUGCAGCCAGGAGUUGAACACAGGGGACAGCAAACCCACCAGUCAGCGAGGCAGAGCCUGGAGAAGAGUCUGAUGACCCCAGGAAGCUCUGGAGGAAACUGUGGGCGCCCCCGGGAAAGAGUCUGCUGAGAAUGUGGAGGAAGUGGGCUUGGUUCCCAUGCAGGGAGAGGCGGGGCCGGGGCUGGAGAGGCUUCCCCACAGCUAGACUGUGGGCGUCUCCCCUCACUGCACUGCUGACCUUCCUUGGCUGCGCCUCUGUUCUCCUCCGUGUGACCUGGGGCUCAGCCCACAUCACAGGUUUGGAUCCACCCCUGGUCUCCCCCUGCCUUUCUGGUCCAUGUUCUAGUAGGACAUUUUUUUUGUUUUUAUUGCCCACAUUCACUCAUUUUGGGUCUCUUUUGGUCAGAUUGGUUAGAUGCAAAAUCUUUUUAAAACAUCUAAAUAAAUGGAUAAAUAUCAAAAACAGUUUCACAUGGCAUUGGCAUGGUUCACUGGGUUUGUGACAUUUGCCUAAUUCCUGGGUGUAGAUGCUCCUUGAGGAUGGGGAGAGCUGCCACCACCCUCUCCCUUCUGCACCCAUCUUUGUCUUCCUCCACCAGCUUCACUGAGUCUCAGCUGUACACCCUUCAGGCCCGUUUGUUGGGUUGCAGUGACUUGUGUGGAUUAUUUUGUGUGGACGUGCUCAGGGCUGUCCCUGGGGGUCUCAGUGCUCUGUGCCCAGGCCUGCCCAGAGCGGCCCCCCCUUCAAGCCCACAGGUGCACAGGCUGUCUUGCCGCGGCCCGAUGCCAGUGCAGUGACAAGACUGCUGGCCAUCAGGAUCCUGCCCAACCUCCGAAGUGGGCCACGGAGUCCAGGGGAGACGCUGCGCCAUCAUCUCCUCCCCGCCCUCUUAGCCCCAGUGCUCCUGCACCUGGUCUGAAUCCUAUGCUUGCACCGCUGCUGCCAAAAGCCACCACACUGCCUUCUGGGGCUGCACAAAGCUCCUUCUAGUCCUCUCCCCUCACCUCGCUCUGCAAAUGC